AUGCCAUGGCAUUCCGUGAAUUCCGUCAGCUUCCCAUACAAAGUACACGACUUUUAUGCAGGUCCCGCUGCCACUUGUGCUUGUCAGGUAUUUCUGGCUAGCAUGCCGCCUGGUCGUGAUCCCUUUGCAUCGGAGGACGAGUUUAUUGCGGUGCUGAAUGCAGUCCAGGACCAUAUGUCUGAUUUUCUUACGGAACUCAUGGCUCGCGAUGGUGGUCCCACUGAGCAAGAUUCCAGAGAACUGUUGGAGCUUCUGGUGGGGUGGCUGGCUGUGCCCUCCGAUGGUCAUUGUAUUUAUGAUAAGCACAAACAGUUGAGCCCAGACUUCCUGGUGAACAUUGUACCACCUGAGGAUGAAGACCCUGUACCCAUAGGGCUGCCAGGAAAAUGUCAGAAGUCCCAGGAGUCUGUCGUCGUCGUCAACCUGCUGCCACGUUGUAACAAGGAGAAGGGCCGAGCCCCACCUUCUUCUACUCUGCGCCGUACAUCUCAACAUCUGGCCAAGGCCUUGUCUGUGGCACCAAAGGAACCUGUGGUUGAGGAACUACCUGUUCCUCUACCCAAGCAUUGUGGUCAUCCACCAAAACCUGAACCUAUCAUCUUGAAGGAUGAAUUGGUUUUCGACAAGAAGAGAUUCAAGCGCAUUAUCGAGUGUUUCAGGCUCGACAAGCUUCCAUCCAUGAAGAAGGCAGAAGACCCCAUGCCCACUAUGCCAGAACCAUGUCUCCAGUGUUCCAUUAGGAAAGCUUCCACUGUCGAGAACUGCUUGUUCUGGGGUUGGGGUGUUCCUUGCAGGCCAUGUGAUGUGUCGCACGUGUCUUCUUGCGCAGCCAGGGAUACCAUUUGCAAGAGGGUCUCUAUUCAUGCUCCUUCUGCCCUUGCUGCCUUAUUGGACUUGGUGAGACAGGACUCUCUCCACAUGUGUAUGCCUUCCGCAAUGCUCGAAUCCAUCUGCCAUCGCUGCAACCUCAAUCUUAGGGAGUUCGCCAACACUCUUUAUGAGCUUCAGUUCACUGGGGAGAUCAUGACUGAGUCUCUUCGGGACUCUUUUUGCAAAUUGGGAGGAGGCAGGGGAGUGGCUUCAUUUCGCCGACCCCUACAUUUCAAAUGGUCCAGUCAUGACUCCAGGAGGAUCUUGUCGCAGGGAUUUGGAGGGCUUGGUUUCUCUUUUCAACCAUGCCGACUCUCCUCCAGUGGCUGGUCCCUCAUCUGUGCUUUCAUUGGAUAUUUCAUUUUGAGUGCAAAAAGAAUGAAGUUGUGUUACACUUCCCUUGGUAUGGACUAA